GCUCACAAACAACUGAAACAACAAACAAGCAAGCGGGAAGGCAUAUGAAAGAAACAAAUAUGCAGAAAAGACGACGCUGUGAGCCUGUUGACAAGGAAACGGCACAUUUUUCACAGAAGCUUGCAAGGAAAAGGAAGAUUGCUUUGCAGAGCAGCAGCUGUCCACAAAACAUGGAUACCCGCUGUAAUGACAGUCACACAAGUACUUUCAAACAUGAAGAAAAGCAUUUCAGCAGUAGCAAAAGCCAACAAAAUAGCAUGCAGGAUGUAUCAGAUGCAGAUGAGACCAGAAAUUCUGUAUGUUGUGUAUCUGGAGAAUAUGAUACUAACAAUAGCUAUGGUGAAUCUCGGAAGACACUCAAGAAUAAGAACAGUCUGAAGGAACACUCACUUUUGCACAGUGACAGCCACCGCUACAGCUGUACUGUGUGUAGCAAAACAUUCAUCUGUUAUGUGUGUGGCAAGGCGUUCAUACCCAACAGUAACCUAACAUGCCACAUGCGCAACCAUACAGGCGAACGACCCUUCAGCUGUACUGUGUGCUCAAAGACAUUCACUAGUGGUAGUGUCCUAAACCAGCACUUGCGUAUACACUCCUCUGAAUUCCCUUUCAGGUGCACAGUGUGCUGUAAGACAUUUAAAUAGAAAAGCAAUCUGACAACGCAUUUACGUAUCCAUACAGGUGAACGUCCCUUCUGCUGCGCUAUAUGUAGCAAGACAUUCACAGAUGGUAGUAGCCUAAGGAAGCAUUUGCGUGUCCACUAUGUAAAUGCUCCUUCAGUGGCAAGAUCUUCUGUUAGAUAUUUGCAGUGAACAGUUAGGUGUAUGGAUGAAUGCCUGUAGAUUGAAUCAUAGUGUGCUACUGCAUUUUUUAAAAAUGUUGUUGGCUAUGUGUUUACAUGUUGCAGUUACCUGUUGGGAACUCUGUUAUUGGGACACAUUUGAAUGUGUUACAGGCACUGAAAGAUAUUCACAAAUAAUAUGAAGGCCCAUAGCCCUCUGUGAUUGUGUUGGUGUUAUAAACAAAUAAAAAUUUUAUUUAGACAACUGAAAGCAUUUGUUCUAUCAUUUUUAGAGAAUUGAA